CCUCCACCGCCGCCGCCGCUGUCGGGUCCGCCCUUUCCUGGUCGCGCGCCGCGGACCGUCCUACGGCCCCGCCCCCCGCGACCCUCAGCGCGGGUCCGGCUUCUUCCCCUCCCGGAGCUGCGCGUUAGGACGGCUGAGGCUGCAGGCGGGGUUUGAAAGAACAAAGCAUGUAAGUCUUUGACAUCAUGAUGUACCUCAGACAAAGAAAAGAAGUCAAAGCCGUGGGAGUUCCUGAGGAUUUCCCAGCACAAGAAGAAAAUGAGAAGUUGGACAACAAAUCGGCAGCGGAAGGUCAUGGCCACAGAAGGUUUUGGAAGAUUCUGUCGUUUACCGUGGGCGGAGCUGUUGCCCUGUGUGUUGGACUUCUCACGUCUGUCUACCUUGCCACCUUGCACGAGAAUGACUUGUGGUUUUCUAAUAUUAAGGAGGUGGAGCGGGAGAUCUCGUUCAGGACGGAGUGCGGACUGUACUACUCCUACUACAAGCAGAUGCUGCAGGCGCCGACCCUCACGCAAGGCUUUCGUGGCUUAGUGUAUGAUAAUAAAACUGAAUCCAUGAGAACCAUCAACAUCCUUCAGCGGAUGAAUGUGUACCAGGAGGUCUUCCUCAGCAUUUUGUACAGAAGUCUGCCCAUCCAGAAGUACCUGGAGCCGGUGUACUUUUACAUUUACACCUUGUUUGGGCUCCAGGCGGUCUAUGUCAUGGCCCUUUACACAACCAGCUGGCUCCUUAGUGGCACCUGGCUGUCAGGACUGCUGGCAGCUCUCUGGUAUGUCACCAACAGAAUAGACACCACCAGAGUUGAGUUCACCAUCCCACUGAGGGAGAACUGGGCACUGCCGUUCUUUGCAAUUCAGAUUGCAGCCGUUACCUAUUUCCUGAGACCAAACUUACAGGCUCUUUCUCAGAGGCUGGCCCUUCUUGCCGUUUUCAUGUCGACUUUUCUCUUUAGCCUGACUUGGCAGUUCAACCAGUUCUUGACGCUGCUGCAGGCGCUCGCGUUGUUCACGCUGGAGUCCCUGGACGUGCUGCCGGCCGCCAAGGCCAUGUGGCUGUACGGCAUACAGACGGCGUGCUUGGUCCUUGUCUGCAUCCUCCAGUUUUUUAACUCCAUGAUUCUUGGAUCAUUGCUUAUCAGUUUCAACCUGUCAGUGGUCAUCGCAAGAAAGCUUCAGAAGAACCUAAAGAGCGGAGCCCUCCUUGCCAGGGUCGGGAAGCUGGUGUUACAUUCGCUCGUGGUCCUCUGUCUGACGCUCCUUCUCAACGGCUGCGUCAAGAAAACUCUUAACCUGAAGUCAGACGAACACAUCUUUAAAUUUCUAAAGGCAAAAUUUGGCUUUGGAGCAACACGGGAUUUUGAUGCCAACCUGUACCUGUGUGAAGAAGCCUUUGGCCUCCUGCCUUUCAGCACCUUCCAGAGGCUUUCGGACACCCUGCUCUUCUACGCCUACGUGUUCGUUCUGUUGGUCACAGUGACAGCUGCCUUCGUGGUGGCCUUUCAAAACCUCAGGGGCUGUGGACGGCAGCAGCAGGGUAAAAUGGAAGUGCACACGGUGGACCUGACACCAGACACCGCCUACAACCUAAUGCACACCAUUGUCUUUGGCUUGUUGGCGCUGAGUACAAUGAGGAUGAAAUACCUCUGGACGUCACACAUGUGCGUGUUUGCAUCCUUCGGCGUGUGCAGCCGCGAAGUGUGGGGGCUGCUUCUGAAGUGUGUCCGUCUUCACAGCCCCCGGAGGAUCAGCGUGAUCCGGUACGCAGUCCCGACGCUCACCUUGCUGUACCUGAGCUACAAGUUCUGGCCUGGAAUGAUGGGUGAACUCUCCGAGCUGAGGGAAUUCUAUGACCCGGACACAGUGGAGCUGAUGGACUGGAUCAACUCCAACACUCCGAGAAGGGCCGUGUUCGCUGGGAGCAUGCAGCUGCUGGCCGGGGUCAAGCUGUGCACUGGGAGGACCUUAACCAACCACCCACACUACGAGGACAGCAGCCUCCGUGAGCGAACCAGAGCGGUCUAUCAGAUCUACGCCAAGAGGGCCCCAGAGGACGUGCACGCGCUGCUUAGGUCCUUCGGCGCCGACUACGUGAUCCUGGAGGACAGCGUCUGCUUCGAGCGCAGGCACCGCCGGGGCUGCCGGCUGCGGGACCUGCUGGAUGUCGCCAAUGGACACGUGAUGGACGGCCCUGGAGAAAACGACCCUGAUUUGAAACCCGCAAAGCACCCUCGCUUCUGUGAGGAGAUAAAAAGGAACCUCCCUCCCUACACGACCCACUUCACCAGGGUGUUUCAGAACAAGACGUUCCACGUCUACAAACUGUCCGGGAGCAAGUGACAGAGACUCCCGCCCAGUGCGCUGGCACAGCGAGCGGGCAGCGCGAUGCCCCUCAGUGGCCAAGGCGUCCUGUCCCUGAGAGCUGCGCUCCGAGGCGGGCUGUGGGUCUCCCCCGUCCCGUCUGUCUUUUUUGUUAUGUCCUAAAUUUAGCCUAAGUGUGCACGGCUGCCCGAGACUGAUCUAUACCCUACAGCCGGUGGCUGAGGAGAGUGACCUGUCCACAGGUGGUGGGACACGCCACCUACCAGGCUGGAAAGUGGGAGCCUGGCGGAGUUGAAAGGCUCUGACUUCCAGCAGCUCUGAGUGAGUGCGGUUGACAGGAAACGUGGUUGAGUUACUUAAUAGUAUUUCACUGGCGAGGCACAGUGGUGGCUUUUUUAUAAGCUCUUUAUUGUCCUCUGACACCUGAGAAUUUUGUAAUUCUUCCCACUUGUCGUGCUUUUAACGUGAACACCACGAUCCCAUGGGGCCUUCGUAUGUGACCUCGGCAUCUGUGGUCCUCGCCUGCAGAGUGACGCGGUCAGUGACGUGCGUCCCCACACUGGCUGCAGAGGGCAGUCCGUUCCCGUGUCCCUAGUGUUACUUUAACCCUGCUGAUCCUCCGCCUCUCCUCCUCCUUACCCACUUCAAUUUACGGCGUUUGCAAAGUUUUGUAAACUUUCUGUGUUUUUAGCCUUUGUAUUUUUACAGCCUGAACCGGGCAGAGUCUGGACCUUUGACCUGCACAAUAGUACAGGAGUCUUUGGCACACCAAGUCUGACUCGUGGUCUCCAGCCGCAUGCAGGCCCCAGUGAAGUGACUCGUCCUUGCAGAAAGGUGACAAGUGCCUCUAAAUCCUGCUGAUUUGUGACCAACACAGAGGAGUGUGCGUACCUGCGCACAGAUUUUGAGAAUGGCUUUUGUAAAUCAUCUGUCACGCUGGCGACACGGAAAAGCUGCCGGUGCAAGCGUACCGUGAUUCCAUGGAGCCAGGAUGUUUAAUGGCAACCGAGGUCCACCCUGGUCUCGCCAGUCAAGUGUCCUCCUCACAGUCCGUGUUGAGCCGUGGCCGUGGCUGUCAGGGUGGACAGCACCGCGGGUUCCAGCGACUCUGUGCCGUGACCGUGUGCGAAUUAGCACUGAAGAAAGCUUACACCUGUCUGGAGGGGCACUGGGAACUAGGCUGUUAUCAAAUGAAAAACAAACAGCUGGUUUAUUAAAUUUUGCUACUCAGACUUCUGAGUUCUAUGUUUUCUGGACCCGAGUAAGGUUGGAGACCACCGCAGUUUGGGGUAAUACAGUGAUAAAGCAUUUUAAUCAGAACUAAAUUUUAAUUAAUCUAGCCAUGACGCAGCACCAGUGUCCUUUGGCGAGUGCCUUACUCUGAAGCCAAGCACACGUGAGGUACACUGUGAGGAGGCUGUCGUUUUGUCCUUAGGAAACCUGUUACUUUUCAGGUAUAUUUACAUUUCCCUUAAACAUCCCCGUGCCUAUCGGUCUGAAGACUGGGGUAGCUGGAGGCUCGGCAUACGAGAUGUACUUAAACAUACGACUCUUUGGUGUUUUGGUUUUUUUUCAUAGUACCAUUGUCACCAGAACAUUUGGUGUUUGGUCUUUAGUAAAAACAUAAAGUGCCAAAAAAAUAAAGAUAAAAUCUUGCAAGACAGAGCCCACACGUGCACUCUUCCCAAAACACUGUGACCCUGUGCAGAGAAGUCUGUGUUUGCCGAAGACCAGCUCAGCGAGCCUCCAUAGCUUCAGCACUGGUCAGGAUUCUUGCUCGUGGCCUCCGGCUGGAGCACACGGAGGGGAGAGGAGAAACACCUGGCCCUGGCGAUGGUUUCCAACCCGUGAGCUGAAGCAAGAGAGACCUGCGGCCCGAACUCCCGCCACGUGGGCUCGGGAGCCGUUCACCUUUGCUAAUGACCUCAGGUGCUGCUCCCGUUUUAUGGACAGGAAAAGCACCUGGGUUAGAAGUCAAACGAGCCUCAGAGUACAACACAGGUGCUCUAAGUUGACUCUACUGUGGCUCCCAGGGCCCCUCACCUCCCUGCUGAGCUCCUGCUCCGGCACAGCAGGCGGCCACUCCCAGUGUCCUCUGCACUGUUCCUCCCACCACCAGUGUGCCCAGCCAGACCUCCCCGUGCAGGUUCUGCUGUUUGUCUGUUUUGGAGCGGGGCGGGGGGGCAGCACUGGGAUUUGAACUCAGGGUCUCACACUUGCAAGGCAAGCACUCCACCACUUGAACCACUACACCAGCCCUGACUGCUCACUGUGCACCGCACAGCUCAGCCGGUAUGUACAUUUGGGAGAGAUGUGAGUGAACGCAGACACUUCUGCAAAACUUAAGUUGAGUGCCUUUUGAUAAAGGCUGAUUGGCUAGUCAGAACUGCUUUUAUGUUUAGUGUGGUUAGGAAAAUUAGGAAGUUGGUGGAAAUCAAGAAAAUUUCUGGGCUUGGAUUCCUUCACAGGUUUACAUGAGUACUUGUUCCACCUUUAAAAAGAGCUAAACCAAGCCAGGUACCAGAGGCUCACACCUAUAAUCCCAGCUACUUGGGAGGAAGAGUGGCUUAAGUGGUGGAGCACCUGCCUAGCAAGCGUGAGCCCCUGAGUUCAAAUCCUAGUACCACCAAAAAUAAUUAGCAAGUGACUGGUCAGCUGUCGUCUGAAGUUACGCCUCCCUGCUUCGCAUGCCUGCUUCACUGAAGGGCCACCUGCUGCUGGUCGCAGUGGCUGCCGUGGCACAGAGUACUCCAGCAGGAAGGUCCCCACUGCCGAAAUUACGGAACACAGGCUUGUCUCCGACAUGUGAGCCGGGAGCAUAAGAAGGGCCAUUUGUUGACGCUUACAGAUGAUUUUCCCGGGCUGGGAGUGUGACUCAGUGGUAAGAGCAUGUGCCUGGCAUGUGCACGGCCCUGGCCUCCACCCCAACACCCCCAAAAAUAUUCCUGAUCUGUGUAAGGUCAACCCAGCAAGCUCACGUAUGUGUGCGUGCAUGUGUAUACAUGUGUGUGCAUGUGCUUGUGUGUUUGGUGUGUGCACACGUGUGCUUACGUGUACAUGUUCACGUGUGCUCAUGAAUGCAUGUGUUCGUGUCGUGUGUUCGUGUCUGCUGGGGUAAGGGUGAUGUAGAUCUGCUCUGUAUAUUUCACAAUUAAAACAUAAAAAUACUUGUCUUCCACAGUAACUUUUGCAAAGUCAUCAAAAUUCCAGCUCCUCUUUGGCCAAAAUCUACUCGGAUUAACGUAGAAAUCUUUUAAAUUUUUAACUCAGACCUUGGAAUUCACAGGAAGGCAUUAAAAUGUCCUCAGGUCUACGUGUCCCCAAAUGCUUCUUCCGUGACAGCCCUGUGCCCUGGGCGGGUGGAGAAACUUGUCCCCGAGGGGGAAAGGCGGUUAGGAUGAGGAAGGGACUGGCUUCUCGCGGUGACUGAUCCUCUGUUUUUAACAUCCUGUCGGUAAAACCUUACAAAGAGCUUUUAUAACUUCUUGUACUGAAUUGUAAGAUUAUAUUCUAAA